UCGCUGAACUUUCUGAUGGCCUUGAGUUGCCAUUGUCUGUGUAUGGUGUGGUUGCGGUCCGAGACAUGGUGGAUCGCAAGCGAAACAUUCUCUUCUCUCGAGAUAUGAGCGACCCCCAAGAACUGAAACAGAAUGAUCCUUUUCUGCACUUGACUGGGCCGUCACGUGCAAUCGUGUUCCAGGACAAGGUUUGCAUUGAAAUCGAACUAAGAGUAAAAAGCGGGGCAUACUCUCAAGAUAAAGCGUUGAUCAGUUGUGUGCGCCGUUACACGGGAGAAAACGGUCCUGGGGUGUCUACCAUCUGCUUCAAGAAUAGCUUGUGCACCGUAGAGGUGUGCUUGCAGCCAGUUGAACAAACGGUUCAGGCCACUAUCUUGGGUGUCCAGGUUGCAAGCGAAGAUGGAUCCUGGCCUUUAGAACAUGGCGGCAUAGUUGCUUGCUCCCCACAAUUAGGGGAACGUGUGUUGAGUGAUAGUGGAUACACCCGUAGGAUUAUUCCCUCAUCCAGCCAGAUUGUGCUGAUUGAGUCGGGAGAUGAAGCAAUGCCGAAAGGUGAAAGUGGUCAUGUACUUCUGCGGAGGCAAGUUGUUUCUGUACAACUUGAUGGAAGGUUGGACAUUCUCAUAAAAGCCUACUCCAAAUCUGGUGCUAUUUCUGCAGAAACUCUUGUUAGUUUCUAUCUCAAAGUUUGCAACGUAAGCCAGAAGAAAUGUUACCUUGGUGAUGCUGGGGUAACUAUUACUGUUGCUUGGUCCCUUGUUGCGGCGGACAAGACGGGACUUUAUUUCGAGCUAAGGGGCGGAAGCACUUUUUGAAGCUUGCAGCUAGGAAGAUUUCAGUGUGACAUGUUGGAGUUUGGCUGUAUUUCCGAAUCAGCAAGCUUUGAAAUUUGUCCUACUGUAUCAACGACUAUAACUUAUGCCGCCAUCCAUGUAUUGCGUAUUGACAGCUGUUGU